AUACGAACCGGAGCACAGCAGCAUGCCUUCUCAAGAGCUGCAGUUACCGGAAACAGGACAGACGAAGAACGUUGCUUUCGCAAGUGAUGUUCCUGAGGCACCGUCACUGUGCCGACUUAAGCGAAUCAACACCCCACAUUUCAAAGGAGUACGUGGUGCUCUGCUAACCUCUCCAGAACGAGACCGAUCGACGGUGGUAUCACCUGUUAAUCGCGAUGGAGUGUCACGCAAAAUCUGUAUUGUUCGCGAUGCAAACGGUCAUCUGGGCCUCUCAAUUGCUGGCGGUUUAGGCAGUACUCCGUUUGUUGAAGGAGAUUGCUCGCUUUUUAUAUCGCGUGUUACGCCUGACGGACCUGCCAGUCUCGCAGGUCUUCGAGUUAAUGAUAAACUCCUAAGGCAGGUCAUUGUAUAUUUGAGUGUGCGAAAAACAUGUAAAAAUUUUUAUGUCAACGAUUAUUUCCUCUUCUUCAGGGUGAACAGCGUCGAUGUGUCUUGUGCAUCACAUGAUGAAGCAGUCCGUGCGAUGAAUGAACCAGGCGAUGUUGUGGAAUUGUUGAUUUUGAGAAAGGAAGACGUUAGUGCAAAUUUUAUAAAGUUUCCGGAACAAUUCACUGAUGUAUCUCACAUGUCAGAUUCGAGCGAUGUACCAAUUAACAGUCGCGAAACCCUUAGCGUGACAUUGAAACGGUUAUGUUUACCUUUGAGUGAUGCUUCUGGUUCUCCCGGUUUCGCUGUUGCUUCAUCACAUUGUGGAGCCUCUGACGGCCUAUUCAUUAGUUAUAUUACACCGAAUGGGCCAGCAGGUUGCCAAGGAAAACUUUUGGUAAGAAUUCUUUGUACGAUGCACAAAUUAAAAGCCAGACGCAAACGUGCAAAAACCGGCUGGAAUAUGAAAAUUGCUAUGGAGAUGAAAAUGUUGAAGAUACUAGAGUCAUGGGGAGUGACUAUCGAAGCAGCUCGAUACGUGUUGUUAAAGGUUGGAGAUCGAAUUGUGUCUAUAAAUGGAACACGACUCCAAGGUGUGCGUCAUGACCAAGCGGUUGCGUUACUCACCGGUAAUCCAUACGAGGAUGUUUACAUUACUGUCAUGGUUGUUUUGAUGAAAGAUGGUAAAUCUCUUGGUUUAUCUAUUGUCGGUGGAUGCGAUCAUUCAAGCCAUCCGUUUGGUAUUGAUCGACCUGGUGUAUUUAUCAGUAAAAUAGCAACGAACUCACCUGCUGAUCGAUGUCAACGUCUUCGUAUUGGUGAUAGAAUUCUAGAAGUUAAUGAUCGAGAUAUCCGAAAAGCCCAGCACAUUGAGGCAGUUGAGGCCUUGAAGCAAAGUGGUCCCCGUGUAGUUUUACUAGUCACUCAUGAGCCACAACCUCCUGGAAUGCGUAUUAUCACGGUGACUCGCAAAGAUGGUCAAUCAUUAGGUAUAUUAAUUCAUGGCGGUGUAGGAAAGCCAGCGGCGAAUCCUGCUGACGAGAGAGACGAGGGUAUAUUCGUGGAAAAGAUUGAACCGUCAAGUGUGUGCCAUCAAGCUGGUUUGCAAGUUGGGCAUCGGCUGAUUGAGGUAAAUGGAGAUUCUUUAUUGGGCUGUGAUCAGUCUGAAGCUGCAGCGAUACUUCGAUCUUCAAAUGAGCUGCGGAUUCUUGUAUGCGAUGGUUAUAAUGUGGCAAACGUUCCUCGAACUGAUGAUAAAGACACAACGUCAUCGCGAUCCUCAUCGAACAUGAUGCUAGCUGACGAGAACAAGCUUACUUCGACAACAUCAGUAGCGUCGGCCGUCAUUAACAACCCCGUUCGAAAUGGUGAACAUUGUCUAGAAUUGCCUCGAUGCGAUGAACCUCCUCUAGCAUCGUCCAGUCCUUUACCUGCAAAUCCAUUGCUGCUUCCUACUUCGGCUCCGCUACAGAACGUGCCUUUCAUUCCUGAAAUAAUGCAACCAGAGAAACUGACUUUUGCGUCGAAGGUGAGGAACUUUGAAAGAGAAAUCGAAGUACAAAGCGCCAUGGAACAACAGAGACGUAGUGAAUGGCGAGCUGCUCGCUUGAAGAGUCUUGACCAAGAGAGAGCCGAAGCUGAUGCUAUCAUGGACCGCUUGCAGCUAAUUUCGUUGCCUGCUAUUGGCGAAGAUGGAUCUGUUCCUCCUUCGGAGAGGAUACUAAGCAACGAUAUCUCUAUCGAGAGAAGUACGGUAGUGGAUGCAGUGACUGGUGAACGCAAAGUGAUUGUGGUUGAGAAAAGUGUAACAAAAAAAGAGGCGAGUUUGUGA